UGUAACGACUAAUAUCAAGAAGCUUCUCCAUUAGCAUUUCUGUAACUCCCAAAAUGAAAAAUGAAAUCAUUUAUCUUAGAGAAAAUAAUCUUAAAUAUUUUGUUGGGCUUUUGUUAAAGAAACUAUAGUAAUUACUUUCUUUUUUUUAAUGAUCAGAAGGAAUAAUAUACGACACCAGUGCUUUUCCUGGAAGACAAUCUUAUUGGAUGCUUAAUACAUUCAGGAUUGCUGGACCAGUGGAAAAGGGAUUUGAUUAUUUCCCUUUUCACUUUAAAUAUAAAAUAGAAUAAAAGAUAAAUAUGUGUGACUUUCCUUGGAAAAUAUAUUUAGGAAUAUGCGUAUUUGUUUUGGCUAAAAGGGAUUUUCCAUCUUUUGCAGAGGAACUAGUACCUAAGGAUAUUUCUUUGGAUCUUUCACCUGAUACCUGGCGAACAAAUAGAAAUCAUCCUCAGUUUCUGGAUUCUAAGCCUUUUCUUGACUUCAAGGAAUCACGGAAGUUCAGCAGGCAUUUAUUUCGAACAAAAAGGUCCAUUUUCUUUCCUACUGGAAUUAAAGUAUGCCCAGAAGAGUCUAUAGAACAGGCUACUGCCAAUCAUCUUAAAUAUUUCAAACUUAGAGUCUGCCAAGAAGCUAUUUGGGAAGCCUUCAAAGUUUUCUUGGACAGACUCCCAGGACAACAAGAAUACCAACAGUGGCUAAAUGAAUGUGAGGCAGGAACUAUGAAUAUAUUUGAAAUGGGCACCAAUUUUAGUCAAUCUGAAGAGUAUCAAAGCUUCAUAGCAAAGAAAUUGUCCUAUACUAAAGAAGCAAUGGAUGGGAUGUCAACUCCUUCUCCAGUUGGUGAUACUACCACUUUGAGAGAAAUAGUUGCCACUAUUCCUCCUCCUGAUGUGGUCUCAACUGAAAGUCAUUUGGAGAGAACUGAAAAAAGAGAAGGUCAUGAAGUCAGUAAUGAGAUAACAAGAGAUUAUACAAAACUAAUGAAGCCUGUUCAUGAGCAGUUGGUUGUGUUCAGUAUUCUUCUUCCUGAAGAGAAAUACAUCAAUGAGCUAAGCGACCCCUCCACUGAAGAAUAUCAACAACUCUCUCAACAAUUUAUUUCUGAAAUUCAGAAUGCAUAUGAAGGACUGCCUGGAUACAAGAAUAUCCAUGUAACUGAAUUCAGGUCAACUCAGGAUAACAGGGUAAAAGUCCUGUAUGCUGUGGUUUUUGACAGGGAAGAUAUGAACAAUAUUAUCUGGGAUUGGAUUAACCUUCAGCCAAACAAAGUGGAACAGAACUCCUUUUCAGAAAUUGAAGACAACUCCACAGUUAUUUAUAUGGAUAGUGACUUCAGACAUUAUAUUGCUGAGAUCCUCCAUAAGAACAUUCUAUUUGAAAAUACUUCAUUGUCCUUGGAUCCUGGUUCUCUUCAGCUUAUUAAUGUAAAGGAAAUGGUGACUGAAAUCCCAUCAUGGAUUACUGCUAAACCCAUUGAUGAUGAUCAUGCCAUAGUAUCUGAGUGGCCUUCAGCCGAUAAGUCAACUGCAAGCAACAACUUGCCAUUUGACUUGCCAGGACCAGAUUUAAUCUUUGAUACUGACAAUAAUGAGUGGAUAAAACCAGAUGGAGUGGAUAAAACCAAUUCAAAAACUGAUAUCACCAUUUCCCCAGAAGAUUUGCUUUUUAUGGAUGAAAAGCAAAAAAUACAUCCUGGAACACCACUGUUCUUUGGAACUGAUUCUCAUAUAGACUUGGAAAGUCAUUCUAAUUUAUCUUUAUUAGACAUUGGACUUGAAAAAGAGAAAGAGUUGGAAGGUUUGCUUGUGCCUUCAACUGUUCUCCCUCAUAUUGUGCCAAAGAAAAUUCUACCUACAAGUGAUUCUGCAAUUCCUCUUAGUCUUACAUCUCCAUCAGCUUCUGUUUUAGCAAUAGAGCCUAGCACUGAGAAAGAAUUACCUACAAGUGUUAUAAAAGAAGAAACUCAGCAAUCUCCUAUAAAUAAAGAAAAGGAUACUAUUGAUUAUUCUGGUUCUGGUUCAGGACAACAGCCACAAGCUAACGUAGAGACUUGGUUGAAAACUGAAGGAUCUGGUAUGCAUGAAUAUAAUGAAACAUAUUUUACAUUAGUUUUUUCAAAGGAUGAUACAAUUCAGGACAUUCUAGAUACAACCAUUUCCCAAUCAUCUAUUGACACAGAAGUCACCUCAGAUGAAAGAGUUGUGACAACUACUGAAAUGUACAGCACAAUAAAAUUAGAGCAUUCUACUGAGGAGGAUGAAAUCAUUUCUGAAGCAACAGAAAUCUAUGACCUAGUAUUAACAGAACAGUCAUCAAAAACUCAAUCACAUACAGCCAUUAUAAUAAAAGGAUCAGAAAAGCCGGAAAUAAUUUUAUCACCAUAUUCUACUGUGGACAGCCCAGUGAUCCAGUUGCCUGAACUUGAAAAAGACCUGGUCACAAAAGAACUGGAAGUUACAGGGCAAACCUAUGAAGUCACAACUUAUUAUUCGCAUGAAAUGAACCAGGAAGAAGGAAUUAUGACCGACAGUCAUGUAGAACUACUAACCCAUGUCCAUUCUACUGAAAUGGUUAAAAUAUCUGGGAUUACUCCUGAAAAUCCCAACAAUGUAACUAUCCCUGCACGUGCUUUAGUUGUAUUCUUUAGCCUUCGAGUUACUAACAUGAUUUUUUCAGAAGAUUUGUUUAACAAAAAUUCCCCUGAAUAUAAAGCCCUGGAGCAAAGAUUUCUAGAACUGCUGGUUCCUUAUUUGCAAUCAAACCUAACUGGCUUCCAGAAUCUGGAAAUUCUGAACUUCAGGAAUGGUAGUAUUGUGGUUAACAGCCGAAUGAAAUUUGCACGACCUGUGCCUCGCAAUGUCACUAAUUCUGUGUACAUGAUUCUGGAAGAUUUUUGCAACACGGCCUAUCAAACUAUGAAUCUGGCUAUUGAUAAGUACUCACUUGAUGUUGAAUCAGGAGUCCAGGCUGACCCUUGCAAGUUCCAGGCAUGCAAUGAGUUUUCGGAGUGUUUGGUAAACCAGUGGAGUGGAGAAGCUGAGUGUGUUUGUUAUCCUGGUUAUCUAAGCAUUAAUGGAUUGCCAUGUAAUAGCAUUUGUCUUCUGCAACGUAACUUUUGUCAAAAUGAUGGCAAAUGUGACAUAAUCCCAGGGCAAGGAGCAAUAUGUAGAUGCCGUGUAGGUGAAAACUGGUGGUAUAGAGGAGAGCGUUGUGAAGAGUAUGUCUCAGAGCCACUUGUUGUGGGAAUUGCAAUAGCUUCAGUUGCUGUCUUUCUUCUCAUAGCCUGUACUGUAACUUUCUUCCUGGCCAGAACCCUUCGAGAACAGAACACUAAAAGUGAAAUUGAGGACUCCUUUGUGCAAGGAGACAGUCUUUCAUCCAUUGAAUAUGCAGUCAAAUACAACCCAAUGUAUGAAAGUGAUACCACUGGAUAUAGCCACUAUUAUCGGAGAUGUCCACAGCUAACUUCAUAUAGUUCCACAAGCAAUGAGACUUCCACUGAAUAUAGCAGUGAAGAGAUCAAACAUAUUUAUGAUAACAGAGAAUUAAGUAAGGAGGUAUGUAACUGCUUAUCAAUUUGUAUUUGUUUCAUUUUUCACUUUGUGCAUCCCACAUCAGGUCAAAAUGUGGGAUUCAAAUUUAAUGAAACAAUUUUAAAAGGAUAUCAUAUAGCAUUUUCUAUUUUGUUAUUUUAUCCUGAAUAGGUACAGAACACUCAUAGUGUGAACUAUAGUGCUUUAUUUAGGAUUAUUGUAUAGUUGCUAUGAUUUUCCCCCCUACUUUUACAGGAGAUUCAGGACAGAAUAAGGAUUAUAGAACUUUAUGCCAAGGAUCAUCAGUUUGCAGACUUUGUAAAACAACAUCAGAUGUGACUUAGGUAUUUUUUCCAUAAUUUUCUUUAUUUGAACCUGUUUAUUAUGCAACAUGAUUGACUCAGAAGAAAGCAUGUAAGAAUAUAAUUUUAUUUCUUUCCAUAGUGAAAUGAGUACUAUUCUACUUGAUGUUUGUUGGCUACUUUAUUAACAGCUAAAACAUUAUAUUAUAUUGUACAUACUCUCUAUUGGUCUACUGCAUGUACUGAUGUUGAAUUUCACUGCGGCCUUUUGAUGGUUUAAAUUUAUAUUAUGCUUCUGGGUUUUGUUUCAUUUAAUUGAUCAGGGGACUAGAGGCUAAAACAUAUAAAGAAUGGUUGCUGGAAUUGGGUAUGUCCAGUUUAAUGAAAAGAAGGACUAGGGUGACAUGAUAGCAGUAUUCCAAAAACCCAGGG